GGGAUCGAGCUUCUGAGUGAGUUUGGCAAAGACAUAUCGUUACUAAUCGUACUUCAUCAACUUGAUCAAGUUCAUGUACUUACGAUAACGUACAGUUUUAUUCAACAAUAUACUAGGGAUGAGUGACUGGAGUACACAAAGAAAAUGGACAGAUUUAUUUGUGGGAUAUGUUCUGCAGAAUCAAACAAUUUUUUGUCUUUUAUACAGCACAAAAUAAAUCACAUUGGUCCUGGUAGUGCUGUUGGAUGCGACUUGUGCCAGUUAUCCUACACAAGACAGAACACUUUGAGGGACCACUACAAGAGAAAACACCGAGUGAACAUCCUAACAAAAGCCACCCCAAUCAAACCGAGGUCUCAACAUGAUCCUCUGUCACAUCUUCAACAGGAACGUGUUGUUCCUGUUGAAGAUGUGUCACAGGACUACUGCAAUAAAGAAAAUAGUAGUAGAGAGAAACAAACAGAACAAGUGUCCACCCACGGAUCUUCUCUUAAUGAUAAAGAUGGAAAUACAACAGAAGUUGUUUCUACGGAUAUUCUUCUUAAUGAUAUUGAUGGUGAAAUUGACAACUCUUCCAAUGGAAAUGUUCGAAAUAUUUACAUUCAUGUGGAACCUUUGAUACAAGAGGAGACAAAGAGACAUUUUUAUACUGGAAUUACAACAACAAAGAACCAGGAUGACAAUGAAAUGGAGGAACCAAACAUUGUAAAAGCGCCUGUUUCAGAAUUUUUUGAGAAAGAAAAUGAGGACUUGCCAAAUAAAGAUAUAUCAGAUCUUUCAAAAUGUCCAGAUAAUUAUCCUGAUUUUUCUCCAGAUGAUGGUGGAACAGUUGUAGCUGCCAUUUCUAAUGAUGAGGAAAUUUCACGAAAACAUGAAAGUCAUGACUCGGCAGUGGAAACAGAAGUUUCAUCUGACGAAUCUGAACAAUUUAAAGAAAAUUCUCUUCCAACAAGCACAGAUUCAUAUAUCUCCAAAGACAACAUGGAGGUUGACAAAUCCACAUCAGUUUUCAAAGAAACGCUUGAGGGUGAUUACUUUUUCAUUCUAUUUAUGGAGGAAAAGGAGGGACAGUCAAUAGGUUAUGGGAAGAUGCUGCUAAAAUGUCUACACUGUAGUUACGUCACAGAUUUCAAAGCCUCUCUAUCACGCCAUAUGAAGAAAGAACAUCCAGAUAUGAUCAAUUUGCAUAGCAAAAUAAAGAUUGUCAUGCAUGGAAAUGAGAAAGACCUCACAGACCAGAAAGUGAUGAAAAUGUCUGAUUACAAUGCAAUGCAGGCCAAUGAACGCAGGAAGAAGAAUGGAAAGAAAAUCCGCGGAGUGGAAACCCAAGACAUGGUAGGAAAUUUUACCUGUGGAGUCUGUACAAAGGUGUUUAAUAGACUGAGGUAUCUCAGAAAACAUGUACUCACUCAUGAAAACAACCAGCAGUUUUUAUGUGAUGAAUGUGGGAAAGCUUUCAAAACCAAGACGUAUCUGGCUGCUCAUCGCAAAACUCACAAGAAAGAGGCCUAUCAUUGCAGGCAGUGUGAUUUUGUUUCAAGUGUUGCUUUGGCUAUUCAUACCCAUCGGCAGAUUCACACAGAAGGAAGUGUUAUAUGUGAUAUAUGUGGAACAGCAUAUUCCGACAAGUCCACCUUACUAAAACAUAAACAAGUCCAUGACAUGUCAAGACCGUAUGCAUGUACAUUCCCAGGCUGUACUUUCAGAUUCAAAACGGAACUGAGGUGCAAUGCUCACAUCAAAAAUCAUAGUAACACUCAAGGCCAAUUUAAAUGUCAUAAAUGUGACUAUGUUUUUCGCUACAAACAUCAUUUAAAAAGACAUGAAGCCAGAAAACAUGGACUUGUAACAUCUUUUGAAAAAUCAAAAGAUGAUGACAAAGAAGACUCGUUGAAAUCAUUAGUGAUAGAAGAAAUUCAUGAAAUUGAUUCAGUAAAUCUAAUAGUUGACCACGAGAUCAACAGGGACCAGUUUAAUUUAUCGGCUUUACAAAACAAUUCCCUGGUGAUAGCAACAGAUGAGGAGGGCAAUACAGUGAAUUAUGAGGUGGCUGACAUUUCUAUGAAUGUCCAGUAUCAUGCAUUAAUGUCCGGAGAAGAACUGGCCUGUCAGACAGACGGGCAGUCUAUGCUGAUUCCCCAUAAUGAGUGUAGUCAAGUCAUUGUGACAGAGGACCACUCCAACACUAUUGUGCAGUCACAUGAUAUUGAAACAGAAGUCUGUAGCUCAACUGUUGCAGAAUAAUAUCUAUUCUGAAAAUAUAAUGUCAAAGCUAUUA